AUGGAGCCCGACGGCGCAAGCGACGGCGACGACACGCCAUCCCACUCCCGUGCGCGGACACCCGACUCCCCGCUCACGACGCGCGAGAGCCUGUACGCGGCCGCAAGCACCAUCGACGACCUCACCCAUGCACUGGCGGACCUCUCGCGCGCGGCGUCGCCCGAGCCGCCCGGCGCGCCCGCCUGCUGCUGCGGGCGGGACGGCUGCGCGAACUUGCGGGCGUGGGGCGAAGUGAAGGGCCGGCUGGAGGCGCGGCUGACGCUGAGCGCAGAGGUCGGCCAGGCGCUUUUGGCGCGCCACGAGGCAUACGUCAGGCGACAUGAGCGCGGGGAGGCGGCCCGGGAGGAUGGGGACAGCGAGGCAGCGGUGCUGCAGGACCAGUUGGACGAGGCGGCAGCGGCCAACAAGGCGCUUGAGAAGCGGCUGACGCAAGCGCUGGUGAACAACGAAGUGACGGAGGUGUCGAAUAAGACGAUUCUCGCGGAGCUUGCAGAGGCAAAGACGACGAUAUCCCGCAUGACUACAAGUGCUGCCCGCUCUGUCGGGUGGGAUACGAGGCUAUCGGCCGCGAUGAAGGAGAAGGAUGACAUGCAGCAGGAACGAGACGCCGAAGGACAACGAGCGAGGCUCGCAGAGGGGAGGUUUGCGGCGUUGAAGGAAAGGACAUCGAAGUUACAGAGUGAGGUCCGGAGGCUGCAAAGCGCGUUGGAAGAGCGAAGAGAACACCGGCUCGAAUCGUCGGAGUCGAUAUUGCUGGACGCCAGAAAGCGGAUCGAUGCAUUGAGCCGCACGGUCGGCGCACCGGUAGAAGAGCAGGAAUCGGAGCUCACGCCAAUGCUGGCGACGCUGGUCGACGACAACGAGACUCUCAAGCGGGACAAUGCGGAGCUGCAAACGCUGUUGGCGGACGCACGGGAGGACUAUCGGGCAUUGCAGGAGGAAGUAGAGGAUCAGCGCAUCAACCCGGCGCCUGCGAGGAGUGGGCCUGCGACUCCUUCGCAUCUGCGACAGCAUUUCCACACCGGAAGUGUUCCCUCGGUGAUGCUUAGCCCUUCUUAUUCAUUACGACGAAGCUCGAGCACUGAACGUCGUUCUUCCCGGCGGUAUGAGCCACUCACUCCCGAAACCACGCGCCGCCCGCUUUCCCCGACGGACUCACUCGCUAAUUCGGAGACGCGCUGGUCGUCAUUCAGCGGGGCCAGGGCUCCGAUACCGCCUGAAGCCGACGAUGUAGCGGAGGAAAGGAGACACCAAAAGCCGUUGUUCCUUCUCGCGCGGUCCCGUGGAGUCCAGACGGAUGCACCACCCCCAACGCCUGUGCAGUAUCCCGCCUCGCAUUCGCCUUCAUCAAACGCAUCCGUAUAUUCGGAGCCGCUUACUGCCGGGGCCAAUCUGAAUGCACAAAGCACGCAAUCUCUGAGCAUAGGCGCGAUUGUCGAGCGCACGACAGCCUUGUUGCAACGGAUACAGGCGGCGGACGCGUUGUCGCUCACAAAUCGGCUCAAAAGGCAACAAAUUCGCGGCGCCGAUCUGCGCGGCGCGGGAGGCGAGGCGGAGAUAAAGGCGCAGCGGAGGGAAGUCAGGGCGUUGCUGACUGUGUUGCGCGAAAUGUUCGGCGCGCUGGGCGAGAUGCGGGUGGUGCUAAACGAGGUCGUGCUGGAUCCGACGAGUGCGGGGAGGAUCAGCGAGGCGGCGAUGAACCCGGGCAGGGCUGCGGCCAAGGAAGGAGAGGAGCAAGGCGGUGGGCGCGGCUGGAUUGCACCGCUGUCGAAGCUGUUUGCGGGGACCCCCACCGCGCCGCCGUCGAAAGGCGAUGAGCGUGAGCGUGCGCCAGUUGCGGCUCCGCGCCCUAUGCCAGCUCGGCUGGUCCCGAAACUGGGACCGGCCUUGGCAGCGUCUGCGACGACGGUGAAUGUCGAGUUUUCCGGCGCGGCCGCGGGCGGGCGGGCAACUACCAGCACCUUCGAUGCCGGUCCACCAUUGCCAACGAGGAGCAAUACGGCCUCGACGGACGUGAUGGGCAUCUUCGCUGGCGCGCCGCGGAACAGAACCCCAGACCCUUGGGUUGUGGUCGGCCAUCCUCGGGCCCCGCGGGCCAAUCCGCUACUUAACAGGCCGGGCCCGAAUCGGAUGUCGCGCAACGUCGACGCUGUCCUGGACGGUGUCGGUGUGCGCGGCGGGACGGAAGAUGCAGACGAGGAGCCCGACUACGUCGGCCCGCUGUUGGCGCGGACGUUGCGGCGGCGGGGGCUGUCUGAUUCGUCGAUCCACUCUACGUUCGCGGCGCACGCGGCGGAGGACGGGCCGCAGGACACGGGGACGGUCUUCCAGGCACUGACGCGGAGGUUGCAGAGCUUCCGGAGUGGGCUGUCGUCGGGCGUCGUUGUAGGUGCGGAGCGCGAGGGACCGAGCCCACAGCCCGUCGCAUCGGGCUCACGGUCGACCAAGUCCGGAACGAGCGGCGCGCCGUCGCUCUCUGGCUCCGGGCCGGGCACGGCCACGGCCACGUCGCCGCCGGGCCGCACGGCGCCGAUUGGGAUCGCUCGCCGGGCGUCGCAGCGCGCGCACCCGAAGACAUCCGCGUCUGUCGGCGGGCUCGGCUUCCUCGCGAGCCUCGUGCCUGCGGGGGAGCAGAGCGACUUGGCGCGGAGCCUGCGCGACGGCGAGAUACACAGCCGCAGACACAGGGCGUUGGGUCCGGAGCAGGACUUUUUGUAG